AUGGGCCCAUUCAGAUGGCCUAUGUUGCAAAACGAUGUUGAUUUGGCAAAGGAAGUUGUGGCAACAAGACCUGAAAAACCUAGUGAUUGGGAUAACAUUGCGAGUCGCCUAAAUCCAAUAUUUUCGUUAACAAAUGGAAAAGCAGUGGUGCUAAAAGGCAGAAGUUGUAGAGAAAGAAUGGAAAGACUCUUAAAAAAGUAUAAAGCGGACGACUCUGCAGCCCUUAAGAGGUAUAACCAGUGGGUAUAACACAUUACAACAUGAUCUGGGAAUUUAGUAUAUGAACAACAUUUAGGGACCAGUCAUUAAUUACAGGGGAGGGGGGCUGGUGGAAAUGAAAAUUAGAUGCUAAAAUUUUGUUGUCCCCCCCUUGAGGACAACACAAUUGACCCCCCCCCCUCCCCCUCCCCCAAACAUGCAAAAAGCAAAAGGCACAUUCAUAAUUUAAAGUUCUUAUAAAGUGAAGCCACAUUUAAGCAUACUGCCCUAUAAUAGUUGCCAACAUUGGGAAAAAACAUCUGAGAUUUUGCUUGGGGGGGGGGGGGGCACAUGGCACCACCACCAUAGUUGGGGCUGAGCGGAAAAAGUCUCUAGAUCGUUGGAAAUGGCAUUUUUAUCUGUAGGUUUUAUGGUACAACAGAGUCAUGCGGGGCAGGCCCUGCCCCCCCCUUUUUCAUGCAUAAAAAUACCUGACCCCGCCUCUUUUUCCACCAGCCCCCCCCCCCCUGUAAAUAAUAACUAGUCCCUUAGUAUAAGGUAUAGCAAAAUUCACAACUUUUACUAUUAUCCCUGUGUAGGAAGAUAAUUAAUUGCAAUUAAUUUCUUUGUAUUUCACAAAAUAUAUUUAUGAAAGGAUAUCUUAUAUAUGCUCUGAGUGACUACCUGUAUAAUUGGGGGAAAUACUUGGUAUAUGAAUGUGAUAUAUCUCUGACAGAUCAGGCACUGAGGAAGAAUACAGUGAGUUAAAUGUUCUUCUUGAGGACAUAACAGUUUUUCGUCGUGAUUUGGAAGAGGCUAGAGAGUUAGAAAAGGAAGUGAAAAGAAAAAAGAUUGAAGAAGAUGAAAAAAGAGGGCAUGACAUGAGACAAGCAGCCCUAUCAGGAAUAGCUGGUCUGUAUUUAUGUAACAUAGCAUAAAACCACUGAUUCAUGUUUAGCAGCACUGAGCAAUAUUUAGCUUAGAGUUGUAUAGAAAAAAAGGUUGAUUGGGGGGGAGGGGUGAUUUUUGGGUGAUGUGGAAAAUUUUCGGAUGACUACAGUAAUACAUCCUCCAGUGAUGAAGAUGAAGAUGAGGAAGACAAUCCUCCUGAAGAGAAGAACAAAACAGGUAGUAAUUUAUAUUAGCUUAUUACUGGAACGGCAUUUCUUUAUGAGGAAUUAUUGUGUUAUAACUUGUCAUGUUUCGGCAUCCUGUCUAGGAAAAAAGGUUAAACAAAGAGCUAGUAAGUUAUCUGCAGUGCAGAUGUUAAGUGACAAAUAUGAAAGGAAAGCGGAAUUAAAACAAAAAGAACUAGAAAUUAGAAAAAUGGAGUUAGACCUGCAAAAACGAAAAUUUGAAGAACAAACUGAAGAAAGGAAAAUGCGUUUCAAGAUGGAAAUGGAAGAAAGAAGGAUGAUGCUUGAAUUGUUAAACAAUAAGAUGUAA